AUGUCUUGGUCUGAGCUCCCGGAGGACCUCGGCGACUCGAUCCUCCGCCGCCUCCGGCGCCACGAUGAUCGCGUCUGCUUCGGCGCCGUCUGCCGGCAGUGGCGCUCCUGUGCAUGGCGGAACAGCCCUCCGUCGCUCUUCCCGUGGCUCGCCUUACCGGACCAGACCUUUUACAGCUUGCCCGACUCGGCUUUCCGGCCGCUGUCGCUCCGUCUUGACUUCCAUCGCCAGGUACCGCAUGCCCAGAGCUCCUGCGGCGAGUGGCUCGCCUAUGAGCGCAUCGACGGCGCCUACACGCUGGUGAGCCCUUUCUCCGUGGCCACCACCAUGGUGCUCUCUCGGCUAUCCGCAGGACCGGCCUUGUCGGAGCCGUUCGUCAGGAAGCUGGUCGUGUGCUCGCCCAACCUUGUCGUUGCGGUCGUUGGUGAGGAAGGGAUUCACAAGCUGGCCUUGUGCCGGCCAGGAGCGGCGUCCUGGGUGGUGAUCGCCCACGACCAGCUGAGGCGAGUUCAAGACAUGAUCUUCUAUCAAGGCAAGCUCUACAUCCUCCAGGAGACCCGCGACCACCUCCUCUCCGUCUCCGUCGGCGAGGACAGAACCGGCGAGCCGACCGUGACCCGGGUGGAUAGACUUAUGCAGGUCCCUACAUGGGGCUACAUCGAGUCGCCGCUGCAAUACCUCCUGGAAUCUGACGGCGCGCUGCUGAUGGUGCGCAGAGAGGAUCCUAACACACGAGACCCCUUACAAUUCUUGGGAGACGGUGGAGGGCGUUUGCACAAGGUAGGCGCGGGCUUGGAGAAGCCCACUGAAUUCACGGUGUUCGCGGCGGACUUGGCGGGAUCACGGUGGACGGAGGUGAGCAGCGUCGGGGAAGUCCGGGUGCUGUUCGUCGGGCAAUGGUGCUCCCGAGCUGUACGCGUCCCGGACCAGUGCAAGGAGUACGUCGCGGGGGACCGUAUCUUCUUCGUGGACGCUCAUGCUGCCCGCGGCUACGCCGACCCGUGCUACCGGAAGAAGGUCUGGUUUUACUGCAGCGUCCACGACAUGGGGGAACCGCGGUCUCGAACGUAUCUGAGGAUCAAGGUACGGCCGCUGAAAGGGUUUCCCGUUGCGUGGCUGUUCCCUCGUUUGGAGCCGGUGAUGAACAGCUAG